GAACAGAGGAGAGGAGUUCAUAUUAAAUUGAACCAAUGAUAUUAUAUUAUAAAGAUAAAAUAAUUAGUGACCAGUGGAAGACAGUAAUAAAAAAUGAAAACUUUGCAAAGAGUUGACUGAUCUUGACUCCCAAAGGUGAUUAAUUAUUGUGGAAAUCUUGGUUGGUUCCCCCUCUUCUUUGAGUAAAGAUUGCAGUCAUUGUUUGUUUGAUAGUAGAUAGAUUAUGUUAGUUUCCGAGAUUCAAACCCUGAUUAGUACUCCUUCGAGAGCUCACCAACCGAGUUGUCUACUUGGUCUUCAAACUUCAAGGUUAAGGGUCCACACUUAACUCAAGAUGACAUCGGUCCUUUCCGAUUGCUUGAGAGUUAUAGCGGAGAAAUUUCUGGAUCUGACUAUAGGCGAAGCACGUUACCUGUGUUGUUUCAAUACCAUAGUUGAAGAGCAUGAAAGGGAAAAGGGAAAACUGAGAGCAAAAAGGAAGGGUGUAAUGGAAAAUGUGAAUGUGGCGAAGAAUAGAGCAGAAGAGAUAGUGAAUGAUGUUACAGUUUGGAUCCAGAAUGCUGACAAUAUCAUCAAUGAUAACAAUGAAAUGAAAAGGACUUGUUUUUCUGGAUGGUGUAUCAAUUGCAUGUGGCAAUAUCAAAGAGGCAAGGAACUAGCUGUAAAGACAUUGGAGAUUGCAGAACUGAAAGAACUUAACUUUGAAAGUGUCGGACGCGCUGGUAAGCUUCCAGGUGUGGAAUAUCACUCUUCACAAGAUUUUAUUGAAUUUGAGAGCAGAACUUCCCAACAUAAACAACUUUUAGAGGCACUUAAAAAUGAAGAAAACUAUAUGGUUGGAUUGCAUGGUAUGGGGGGGACUGGUAAAACAACAUUGGUACAAAAAGUUGGUAAUGAAGUCAAAAGAUCAAACUUUUUUGAUGAAGUCAUCUUCACUACUGUGUCUCAUGCUCCUGAUAUAAGAAAGAUUCAAGACAACAUUGCAACCCCUUUAGGUUUGAAACUAGAGGAAGGAGACCAGUUGCAAAGGGCCAAAAAACUAUGGUCUAGAUUAACUAAUGGUGAAAGGAUACUUGUAAUAUUAGAUGAUGUUUGGGAGGAGCUCAAGUUUGAAGAUAUUGGCAUUCCCUCAUGUAACAAUCACAAUGCAUGUAGAGUUUUGAUUACUUCGCGCAUGAUGAGUGUAUGCAAUUCAAUGAGCUGCCAAAGCACCAUUGAUCUAGAGCUCUUAUCUGAGGAGGAUGCAAAGAUUCUAUUUGAAAAGCAUACCGGAUUAAGGGAUGAAUCACCCAAAAAUUUGAAAAAAUUGGCACAGCAAAUUGCGAACGAAUGUAAAAGAUCGCCUGUUGCAAUUACUGCUAUAGCGAAAAGUUUAAAGCACCAGCCUCCAGAACUUUGGAAGGUAGCUUAUAAAAGCUUGAAAGAAUUUAAACAAAUCCGUAACGUCGACGAAGAUUUGAAGAUCUAUAAAUGCUUUCAGGUAAGCUACGAGAAUCUUAAGGACGAAAAGGCCAAGAAACUCUUCAUGUUAUGUUCUCUAUUCCCUGAAGAUUAUGAAAUUCGUGUGGAAGAUUUAACCAUAUUUGGAAAAGGAUUAGGCAUAUUUGGAGAUGUUGACUCGUAUGAAGCGGCAAGGAUAGAAAUGCUUACAGCAAAAAGGAAACUUCUAGAUGCUUGUUUGUUGUUGAAAGGUCAAGAGGGAUGUGUCAAAAUGCAUGACUUGGUACGUGAUGCAGCACAUUGGAUAGGAAACUAUGAGAUUCAGGUGAUUAUGGGAUCCAAAGUUCAUGCAACAGCCAAAAAAGGUACCAUAACAUAUUUGUAUUGCCAAAAUGUAAAAAGAUUUUGCCUCCCCAAUCAGUUGGAUUGCACCAAAAUUAAGAUUUUAAUAAUACUUUGCUUAGACAAAGAAGGUUUUGUGGAAAUGCCGCAAGCAUUUUUCGAAGAAACGAAAGAUCUAGAAGUUUUGGCUAUAUCCAAGGCAGAGAACAUUAGGGGAAAGCCGAGUCUAGCUUUGCCAAGAUCGAUCGAAACCUUAAAAAAUAUCCGCACUCUAUGCUUGAGAGGUUUUAAUUUAGGUGAUAUUUCUAUUCUGCAAAAACUAGAGAUACUUGAGACUCUUGAGUUGAGUGAUUGCUCAAUCAUUAGACUUCCCAAAGGGAUGGUGAAGUUGGAGAAGUUGAGAUUAUUGGCUUUGACAUGCUGUGCAAUUGAAAAGAAUCACUUUGAAGUGAUUGGAAGACUUUCUCAAUUAGAGGAAUUGUAUGUCAUGAGAAGUCCAGACAGAUUCAGAUGGAAAUUUGACAAAGAAGUUGUUGCUACCAUUUUUGACAGAGACAACAUUAUCCCAACAUUGCAGAGGUACCAUAUACAGAUAGGACAUGAUUCUGGAUUAUAUCACUCAGUGGAUGAUUCCAUAUCAAGAGCUUUGUCUAUUGAAUAUUUUGACCCCAAUUCAAAUGCAACAAUUAAGGACCUGGUUGAAAGAGCAGAGAUUCUUCACUUGAAGAGGAUUCAAGGAAAUUAUACAACUGUAACACCUCAACUAGUCGAAGCAAUAGGAGGAGAAAUGAAUGACUUGAUCAAUCUCAAGCUUGAGUUUUGUUCUAAGAUAGAAUGCCUCAUUGAUACUAAUAACUUUUCAUCUUCCAUAGGAUCCAUAUUCUCCAAGCUGGUUAAAAUAGAAAUCAGAGGCAUGGAUAAUUUGAAAGAACUAUGCCACGGUCCACCUCCUUCUGACAUAUUCGGAAACCUGCAAGAGAUGAGUAUAUAUUUAUGUCACCAAUUGCAUGGAAGAUUAUUUGAAGGAAACUUGAACCUUGGAAGAAUUACGGUGUUUCAAGUGGAAUACUGUCGCAUGUUAACAUCUAUGUUCACGCCUUCCACAGCUGCAAGUCUAGUGCUGUUGGAAGAAUUGGUAAUAGAAGGAUGCAAGGAACUGAGAAACUUAAUAUCAUAUGAGGAAGAAGAAAAUAAACAAGAGCAAAUAGUUCAGCAUGAUGAUAAUGAUCAAAAAAUUUAUGGCUCAAUUUUUCCAAAAUUGAGAACUUUUGACUUAAGAAUGUGUGACCAAUUAGAAUAUAUAAUUACAAGAAAGGACUGCCUUGGACCCCUCAGUCCUUCAGAUUGCCUUUCAAGACAGUCAUUGAUCCUGCGUCAUGUCAGAGAGAUGACACUCAAAAACUGUUUAAAAAUAAAACUACUUUUCAAUUUGUCUGUUGCUCGAAGUAUGUUGUUGGAAGAAUUGAGGAUAAAGGAAUGUCAUUCGAUGACGAGCAUUGUAACAGAUGUUGGAAAUGAUGAGAGUCAUGUGACGUGUGGUUCUGUCUUCCCAAGAUUGAAAUUCCUGAGUGUUCAAGAUUGUAGCCAAAUGCAAUAUAUGUUGGGACAAGACCAUGAAGAACAUAAUAAUGACAUAGAGAUUCAUAUUUAUCUACCAGAAUUGGAGCAACUAACUUUCUCUAGAGUACCGAAACUCAUCAGUACUUGUUCCAUAAACUAUAAUGCCACAUAUCCAUCUUUGAAAGAGUUUUGUUUGGAAGAGUGUCCUGAGUUUACCAUCAACUCUAUUAGUGAUUUCAUAUUUCAUUUGGGUGCAAGACAAUUGGCUGACACAUCCACUGAGGACAUAGGAAAAAUGGAAAAGCAUUUCCAAACUCUAGAAAAACUCUGCAUUGAGAACUCAGACAUUAAAGGGAUUUUUAGUCUUGAAGAACUUCCAAUCAUUGGUCAACAAAUGAGCUCAGGUUUGCAAUCCCUUAAAUUGUACAAUCUACAUGAACUAAGGUAUACAUUCAUGGGUCCAAAACAUUUUAUAAGCCUCCAAAAUAUCAAAACUUUACAAAUUGAGGGAUGUAGUAAACUGAAAGUUAUCUUCUCAGCAUCUGUCUUGAGAAGCCUUCCACAGCUGACAUAUCUAGAAAUCAACAACUGUGAAGCAUUACAAAGAAUAGUGGAAGAAGAUGAUGAAAAUCAAAGCCAGACAAAUCCUUAUUCUCGAGUGGUAAGCUUCCCGAAACUCGUUGCAGUUGUCAUCAAGUGUUGCCAUAGUUUGAAAAGUCUCAUCUCUGUCACCACAUUCCGAGAGUUUCCAAAGUUAGAGCUCAUGAUCAUAAAAGAAGCCUCUCAGUUAGAUGACAUGUUUAGAAGUGAACAAGGCGAUGGGAUUCCGGAGCAGAAACUUCGGCUUCCUAAACUCAAGUAUCUAGUGCUUAUGCAACUUCCAAACCUAGUUGAUUUGAGCCAACAAAUGGAAUUGCAGAAUGUGACUUACAGCAUUAUUCAGUAUUGCCCAAAACUUUCUUUUGAUUCAACAACUACUCUUGAGAACUUCAAGAAUAUAUUAGAAGAUAGUAACAUUGACCACGAAGUCCAUCGGGAGUUAUUUGAAAUAUUUGACACCAUCAUGGAAGAAGCUGAAAAUGAAAAUCCAAUGUCAGAAACCAUUCCUCAAUCACCAAUAGUAGAUGAAGUUCAAGAUGUUGAGGUUCAAUCAGCACCUCAAAGGGAGCUUCCUUGUUCACAGAUUAUUGAUGAAGCAGAUAAAGAAAUUGUUGCUGCACAUGAUUCAAGAAUGGAAACUUCAUCAAUAGAUUUAGAAGUGAUAACAAUGCCUUAUUCAUUCCCUUCAGCUAUCCUUCGAUCCAAAAAAACACAGAGUACUAAAGAAACAGUAGAACAAAGUCUUCUUGAGUGUCCUAAGACAGAGAAUGCCACAACAACAAUAUGGUUAACAAACUCAGAACCAAGCAAUCCAUCUCUGGGACCAUUACUUAUUCCUUUACAAAAGGAAUCUUCACAGUCACCACAGUUGGUUGAAAAACAGUCAAUAGAUGAACAAAUUACUAUGGAUCAAGGAACAAUAAGAGAAACUAACAGCUUCAAUGGAACUCCUGAUGAACAUUCCAACCUUACACAAAAUGUUAAAAUCUCUACAAAUGGAAGUGUUUCUGAAGUAGUAUUAAACAAAACUGCAUUAGCAGUUCCAUCAUUUCCUGAGUUGGAUGAUUCGGCACUAGCUCUGAUAUCUCCAACCUCUGAAACCAAUGUAACAUGUUCCAUUUCAUUACCAAUGCAAAGAAUGUCAAGUAGCUUGUUGGAAGAUAUAUUCAGCAAAAAAGCCAAAGUUGAUCAUUUUUCAAAUGAUACUGAAAACUCAAGUUCUAGUCUGAUUCUUAAAGAUGAACUAUGUGUGUAUCUCAACAUGUCACUGGAGGAUAUUAUUGACAAUAAUGUUUACAACAAUGUAGAGAGAAUUGUAAAUUCUUUGGCAAAGGAAACUACAGAUGCUUUCCAACGGAACAUCCUCAAAGACUUCACAAAUAGGUUGAAAAUUUUCAAAGAAGGUGUUCCUAAAGCCAUGAGCACAUUGCAAUCAAGCUCUGAGUUUAUGUCCAAUUAUGAGAACCUUAAUAUGGAGUUGAAAGCCAAGUUGAAUGAAGGACAAGAAAAAAUUGAAAACUUGGAAACCAAACUUUCUGAGACAUUGGCAAAAGAGUGUACUAUUGAUAUGAAGAUUAAAAAAUUAAUUAAUCAGAAAAAUGAGAUUGUUGCACAGAAGAACUUCCUUGCAUCUCAACUUGAUAUGUACACUAAGGUGGUGUCUAAGGAUUAUGAAAAUUGGAAAGGUUUGGGAGAGGAACUGAAUUCUUGCAGUGACAGGUGGUUAGAGUCUAAAGAAGAUUUAGCUCAUGCAAAUGCUAGCUGGAAAAUCUUAAAGGAGAUUUUACUUUUAUGACUAAAAUCACAUAAUUCAGCUUACAAAGAUCAUCUUUAAAAACUUGCAUUAAUGACUAAGGAGAAUCAUUUUCAAUAGUAUUAUUAGUGCAUGAAUUCUUGUACACAGGACAGAGGCCUAAGAUUUUGGAUGCUCUGAACAAACACUCGUCAUAAACUCAUAAUAAUCUGAACUUAUUCAUUUUGUAUUUUUUAUUGUUAAA